AUGCUGGCCGCUUUGAUGACUUCCCUGUUCGGCCAAGAUGAUACAAAGUGUAUCUGUGUUAUAUUUAUUAUAUUGUCUUUUAUACCAUGCAUCUUUGUCUUUGCAGGUGAGCCAGCGCUAGCAAAGGAGAACAACUGCCUGAAUGCAGCGAAGGCCUGCAACCUAAACGACACCUGUAAGAAAUACCGUUCGGCUUACAUAAGCCCCUGCACCAGCCGAGUCUCAACGGCUGAAGUCUGCAACAAACGCAAGUGCCACAAGGCCCUGCGGCAGUUCUUCGACAAGGUGCCGCCCAAGCACAGCUACGGUAUGCUCUUCUGCUCCUGUCCUCUGGGGGAUCAGCUGGCCUGUUCUGAGCGGAGACGCCAGACCAUCGUACCAGCCUGUUCAUAUGAGGACAAGGAGAAGCCCAACUGCCUGGCACUGCAAGCGUCCUGCAAGACCAACUACAUCUGCAGGUCUCGUCUGGCUGAUUUCUUCACUAACUGUCAACCGGAGCCCCGCUCUCUCUCUGGCUGUCUGAAGGAGAAUUAUGCUGACUGCUUGCUGUCAUACUCUGGCCUCAUUGGCACGGUGAUGACCCCAAAUUAUCUGCGCUCACCCAAGAUCAGUGUGUCUCCAUUCUGUGAUUGUAGCAGCAGCGGCAACAGCAAAGAGGAAUGUGACAGAUUCACCGAGUUCUUCACUGACAACGGCUGCCUGCGUAAUGCAAUCCAGGCAUUUGGAAAUGGGACGGAUGUGAGCGUUUGGCAGCCAAUGCCCCCAGUGCAAACAACCACCACUAUGACAACACCAUCCCAGAGGAACAGAGAUAGAGAGAGAUCACCCAAUGCCAUAGAGCCAGGGACACAUCUCAAUCCGGCGGAUAACUCCCUUUACCAGUUCUGUGGAAGCCUCCAGGCUCAGAAGCUGAAUACAAACAACACAAUAGAUGUGUUAUGUGUGGACCCACAGAUCGAUGACCCCAGCUCCUCCAACACCAUCUCCAGGAAUUCGUCCACUCGGCAGGCAACUCUAUCAGGCCUUAGCUCUCUGCUGCUCCUGCUGGCUACCUCCUUGCACUGCAUCUUCACCAUAGCGAUGUUGUAGCCACCUAAGAACAUACAACAGGGACAGUCACAAUUUGUACAAAGUCGAUAGCUGUUCCUGGUCAAUCUGUUGUACUCGGUACUCUCUCUCUCUCUCUCUUAGUCCCUCCCUUCCUCUCUCUAGCUGUUCUUUUUUUUAAAAAAAGGGGUCAUAUGAUGCGAUUCAAUUUUUCUUUUCUCUUUGGAGUGUUACAAGCUCUUGGUGCAUAAAGAAGAUCUGUAAAGUUGAAAAGACUAAAGUGUCAAAUCCAAAGAGAUAUUCUUUAUAAAAGUUAAGAGUCAACCACGCCUACCUAAAACGCCUCCCACGUCUACUUCAAGAUUCAAGAUUCAAGAUUUUUUUUUUCGUCAGCUACACAGUUAUAUAGAGCAUAUAUAACCAGCAGUGUAAUGUGAGUCAGGUCCGCUCCAUGGACAGUGCAAUUAUUAAAGAA